AUGGGGGACAGCCGGCCGUCGCCGUCGCCGCCGGACGGACGCGCGCGGGUGUGCCUGCUGUGCACGUGCGGCCUCCCCGGCGCGGGUAAAUCCACGCUCGCGCGGCGCAUCGCGGCGCGCGCGGUCGCCACCGGCGACGUCGCGCGCGCGGACGUCGUAUCGUUCGACGACGUGGAGCGCGAGGUGCGGCUCGAGACGGCGCGCGCGCGAGGGACGACGCGGGACGCGGCGCGCGGGUUCGACGCUCAGGCGUGGCGGGACUCCAGGAAACUCGCCCUGGCGCGCGUCGACGCCCUCCUGGCGUCGGACGACGACGCCGACGCGUCGGACGGGGUGGGACGGGGGCGCCGCCUCGUCAUCGCCGACGACAACUUCUACUACGCGUCCAUGCGGUACCAGGCGCACCAGCUGGCGAGGCGCGCCCGCGCCGCGCACGUCCAGCUGUACGUGAACGUCCCCGUCGAGCUCGCGCGGGCGCGCAACGAGAGACGCGCGGCGAACGAAAUCGUCCCGCGCGUCGCCUUCGACAGGAUGGCGAACGCGUUCGAGCCCCCAGACCCACGCAAGCGAACAUUCGAACUCCCAACCGUGCGAACCGACGACGCGGAUGCGGACGACGACCGUUACGACCGUUACGACGACGACGACGAUAACCGCGACGCGCACGACGCGUGGGGGCUCGUGUGGGACGCGUGGGGCGCGCCCCCGCGUCUGCCAAUCACCGAGGAGGAACGCGAAGCUCUGAGAAUGAAGGGCAUGGACGCCAACGCGCGUAGCGCCGUGCACGCGCUCGAUUUGCGAUCGAGACGCGCGCUCGGGGACGCGAUGAGGCGGGUGUCGUCGGUGGCGGGCGGACCGGGAAGGCGCGCGGAUGCGAGCGUCGCGCUGAACGCCGCGCGGAAGGAGAUGCUGGACGCGGUGAGGGAGCGCUCCAAGGGGAAGAAGGGACGCGGCGGCGAGGAGGAGGCCGGCGCAGAUGAGUUCGAGGCUUUGGAUCUGGCGUCGUUCGUCAUGGCUCGCGAGGACGCGUUCGCGGAGUUGUGCGAAGGUUUCGGCGGAGACGGCGGGGCGGGUGGGGCGUGA